AUGAUACCAUAUGAUCUUGGUACGAUCUUAUCUGCAACCGCUGAGUUUUCGUCUGAAAAUAAGCUUGGCCAAGGUGGAUUUGGUGCGGUCUAUAAGGGGAUACUACUUAAUGGGAAAGAGAUAGCGGUGAAGAGAUUAACCAGAGGUUCAGAAGGAGGUGUGGAGUUUAGGAAUGAGGUUUCACUCUUGAUAAGACUGCAACAUAAGAACCUGGUUAAGAUUCUUGGUUUUUGUAAUGAAAGAGAUGAAGAGACUCUUGUCUACGAGUUUGUCCCCAACUCAAGUCUUGACCGCUUUAUCUUCGAUGAAGAGAAGCGUGCACUACUUACAUGGGAAGUGAGGUUUAAAGUUAUAGAAGGCAUUGCUCGAGGCCUUGUUUAUCUCCAUGAAGAUUCUCAGCUGAAGAUUAUUCACCGAGACUUAAAGGCAAGCAACAUCCUUUUAGAUGAAGAGAUGAACCCUAAAGUUGCAGAUUUUGGGACAGCCAGGCUGUUUGACACCGAUGAGACUCAAGCUGAAACAAAAAGAAUAGCUGGAACCCGUGGAUAUAUGGCUCCUGAGUACCUGAAUCAUGGGCAAAUCUCAGCUAAAUCUGAUGUAUAUAGCUUCGGUGUGGUGCUUCUAGAGAUGAUCAGUGGUCGAAGAAAUAAUACCUUUGUGGGAGAAGGAAUUGCAGCUUUUGCAUGGAAGAGAUGGGCUGAAGGAAGGCCUGAUAUCAUAAUUGAUCCUUUAUUGGUAGAGAAGCCGAGUAAUGAGAUCAUUAAGCUGAUCCAGACUGGUCUGUUGUGUACUCAACAGAAUCCAACAAAGAGACCAACCAUGAGCACCGUAAUAGUUUGGCUUAGGAGUGAGGUCAUCACCAUUCCUUCACCUAAGGCUCCUGCUUUCACAGUGAGUCAUUCUCAAUCUGAAGAUGGUACGACGUCAAUGAGCAAUGUCUUGACGGAGUUGAGUUGUCGUUGA